AUGGCCACAGUCAUCACAGAUGCAGCUAGGCUUUGCCUCACGUCGUUUCAGCAAUGUUUCCAACUGUCGGCCUAUCUCUCGCCGCGAGAUUUAUCGUUGGUGGAAGACCAAUUGGCCAGGUUCUCACUAUGGACGGCGAAUAUCGGUGUUUUUGCAACAGGACGAGCGUCAUUGGAUCAUCGCCUCAGGGCGGCACCAGAGGUCCAUGAAGUCAUAAUCGACCUUUUGGAAGUGCUGAAUGAUCGCAUCCAGGAGGGCUACGCUUAUCUUGAAACUUGCGUUGUACCUCAGCGAAAUACUAGCAGAAGCGAAGUAGAUGAUCAGAUUAACACCAUUAUGAAGGAAAUCGCGAGCCAAAUAGCCCUGUUUCAUCGCCUUUCCAAUACCAUCAGAAGAGCUGGUAGCGAUGUCCGAAAUGAGAAGGCAGCUGCAUUAUGUCGAAUUUUGGACGAGGAGGGAAAUGAUGCGGAGCCGUUAUUGAGAGCCAUCUUUGCCAACUACAUUCGGGAUAAGUUCAUGGAAAUUGAUGAGACUAUAUUGCAGCGACUUGCAUCUGCAAUGGUGCUGCGACGGAAGAGAAUCUUGUACAGAAGAUAUCGAUACGGAGACGGCUCACUCCAUGUUGGGCAAAUAGGCCCUCCGUCAAUUCAAUCUCCACAGAUAGCUGCCGGACAGGAACCGCCAAACCGUCUCGAAAAAUCCGGGUAUGUCUCAGGAACCGCCGCAAAGUCUAGUGGUGAAUCGCAUACGGUCAUUAGUGCGACUACUCUAGUUGCGGAUAACUCAAAAAAGCCUCUGUCGCCCCUUCACGAGCUUCAGGGACAAAGACAGUUGCUUUGA